UGUCAAGUAGUCGUGAGCAGGAAGGGUGAAACGAAACCAGAGACCGAGCUAGGGGGCCUGAGCUGGUAUUUAAAAGCACGACGCAGCCGCUCAAUAACGGAACCGCGGUAACGUUCAUUCUCAGGACAGAGCGCGUGUGGAGAAGAAGGGAAUAUAAAUAAGAACUGAAGAGGAAGGGGAGACUCAGUCAAGCAACCGUUGCUGAUUUUAAUUAUUCUAGGGUCUGAAGACAUAUACACAGUCGCAAUGGAGUUUAAAAAAAUGCACUUAUGAAAGACGAAGGCUGCACCGAAUUUCACCGCGGUUUCUCAAUUGCCUGAGGAAAUAUACAGAAUAGCCUCCAUCAUUGAAAAUGCGUCACAUGUCAGGAUGAUCUUCGUUGGACAUAGACUGCUGGUGGAAAUUAUGUCAUAUAAAAUGAAGGCAAAUUCCGCGCGCAACUGACGUCUAGGGCGACAUUAUAUCAGAGCAGGUGCAGUGUGUGUCCCUUCGACAUUUACGGUUAUACGCGUGUUCUGAAGAUUUAACUGUGGACGUGGUGUGGCCCUGCCAGGCUGAUCAUAGAGAAGAGAAUCGGGAACAUCUUGAUUGAUAUCAACCUGAGAAAUAAAACAUACCGGGACAAUGUCAUCUGCAAUUGAAAGGAAGACGAUGGAGGCUAACGAGGAGCCGGUGGACGAGGUGUUACAGAUGGCCCCGUCCCUCCUGAACUGUGGGGGUUGCCAGCAGAGCAUCGGGGACAGGUUCUUCCUGAAAGCCAUAGAGAAGUACUGGCAUGAGGACUGUCUGAGCUGUGACCUGUGUGGCUGUAGACUGGGAGAGGUGGGACGAAGACUCUACUACAAACUGGGACGUAAGCUCUGUCGCAGAGACUACCUCAGGCUGUUUGGACAGGACGGGCUGUGUGCUAGCUGUGAGAAGAGAAUCAGAGCGUUUGAGAUGACCAUGCGUGUGAGGGACAAGGUCUACCACCUGGAGUGUUUUAAAUGCGCGGCCUGCCAGAAACACUUCUGUGUCGGAGACCGUUACUUGCUCAUCAACUCAGACAUUGUGUGUGAGCAGGACAUCUUUGAGUGGACCAAACUCAACAACAACAUGGUUUAGCAGAUUCAUGAACAUUCUACAACAUUCUACAACACUCACAGAGCACCUCAAAAACAUGGUGUAGAACACUGUAGAACAUUCUACAACACUUUAGAACACCUCAAAAACAUGGCGUAGAACACUGUAGAACAUUCUACAACACUCCAGAGCACCUCAAAAACAUGGUGUAGAAAACUCUAGAAUAUUGUAGAACACAACGAUGAGAUGGUUUUGAUUGUGAUCGUGAUCUCUCCAUUUGGGGAUCAACAGCAUGAUAAAAUAUCUCCAGAUGUACAGCAAGAUAAUAGAUCGCAAACUUUCGGACAAAGGUCGCCACAUACAGGCUUCUCUUGUACCUCUGAAAUCUGUUAGAUGUUUGAAGAGGGUUGUUUCACCAUUGAUCUGUUCCUCUAGGCUGAAUGAAGGCUCGAUCCACCAGCCAAAUGGAGAACUGGUUCAUUAUUUUGGGUUCCACCCUUUCAAUGCAAAAAAAAGGAAAAUGUAAUAACGCAAUAAUCUAUGUGCUCAUUGCAGAAAUCUCAAUAUUUCUUGUAUCAUACAGUGUAAUAGAGAUUUGCUCAUUGAGCUAAAUGAUGAACGAUGUCACUGGAAUUUGUUGUAGUCCAACACUGUUAUUUCACCUCUAGAGAAAUAUGUAUUAUGACAUUUGUUAUGAAUAUAUAUAAAGUGUUAUGUCCAAAAA